AUGGAAGAACAAAAGGAAGAUCAGCUAGAUUAUGAGUCAGAGAAAGUGGAAAUCUUAAGAUUGGCCCAGUCAAAGAAGAACAUUAACAGUUUGAAUAUGGACCUUGAAAGGGAUAUGCAGAGAAUAGAUGAAGCAAAUCAGGACCUUCUUGUCAAAAUCCACGAGAAAGAAGAUGAGAUUCAGAGGUUGGAAAAUGAGAUCACUCAGACCAGGGACCUGGCAGAGGAUGAGGAGUGGGAGAAGGAGAACAGCACCACGAUGGAAAUGGAAAGAGCCUUGCAGGAGGUGGAAGAAGAAACUGCCAGACUGGAAAGGAAGAAUGAGACCCUGGUCCACAACAUAGCAGAACUUGAAAGAAAGCUUACAAGGAAAUCUCAAAAGGCAACAAAGUGUGAACAAGACAACGUAAAGGGAACCCCAGAAGAGUCAAAGGUUAAGUUACAACAACUGGAAGCCUCCUGUGCAGACCAAGAGAAGGAACUGGCCAAGGUAAUAGAAGACUAUGCAUUUGUGGCCCAGCUCUGUGAAGAUCAAGCUCUCUGCAUAAAGAAGUACCAGGAAACUUUGAAGAAAAUACAAGAAGAACUAGAAACUCGAUUCCUUGAGAGAGAAGUGUCAAAAGUUAUGUGCAUGAACUCCACAAGCAAAGAGUAUAACAGCCAAAAUAACAAGGCAAGCCCUCUCCAGCAGGCUGCUCGUGUGUUUUCUAACCUCAGGUUAACAGUUCCUCGGCUUUCUCUUUCCAGGAUUUUUCAAUAUUUCUUUUUCACCACCCUGUUUUUCAUCAGACUGCUGGGCUACUUGUUGUUCCAUGUAAGUUUUAUAAAUCCAGAUCUCUUUGUCAACAUACUGCCCAAGAUACUGAGCAGGAACAUCUUGUGGAAGCUAAAAUGCUUCCUCUUCCCAUCUCUCACACUUGAGACAGAGGAUGUGUUACCCCACUGA